AUGAUUAGGCCAGAUUAAAAUAGAUAGUUAUCAAACGAUUAAAGAGGUAGAAAUGUGCAAAAUAACCAAUAAAAACAAAAUACCUUUUAGUAGAAUAUAAUGGAAAGCAAUUAAGCUUAAGAAUAUGAUAGUUAAAUGGACUUAUAAAAAUAACAAUAAUUACAGCUAAUGAGAGACUAACUGCAAUUUAAAUAUAAAAAUAUUUUAGAUAAUUAUUACUCUUAAAAGAUAAAGCUCAAUGAAUAGGUUCAAAAGGAAUUUAAUGAAUUGUCUCAAAUACUUGAAAUGCCUAUGGAAAGCCUCAUUUCAGCGAUUAGGAAUAUUUAAUGCUAACAAAGUCCUACUUUAGAAAAGCAAAAAGUACCUCAUUUUUUAAGAGAAAUCGUAGUCUAAGAUGUUGAUUAAUAAAAUAAUUUGCUUCAAAGCAAUAAGUAAGAAGAACCUUAAAACUAACUAGCUUAAAGUAGUUAAAAUUAGUCUCAACAAAAUAUAUAAAUUAGCAAAUUUGAACAAGGAGAUAAAUUUAGUAUUCAAUCAAAUAAUCAAUUAUAAACAGGAAUAAAAAUAAAUGAAGAGAAAGAUAAUUAUUCAUUUAAUUAAUAGCAAUAACAACAGCAACAAUAAAAUGCUUUUUAGCAAAAUAGCGUUGGUAAUAGCUAAAAAAGUUCUUAAUAUUUACAAAAUUCAGCAUCAUUUAGUCAGAAAUAGAUGGGUUACAAUAAUAAUAGAUUUCUUUCUGAUAACCCAGAAUUGAUGAUUGGAGGUGAUUAAAUUUAAUAAUAUGCGGAUUAAAAUAAUAACAAAGAAGAUUUAUUUCCAUCAAAAACUAAUGACAUCUUACAAGAAAGUUAAGAGUUCUUUUCUAAGGCAAGUUAAAGCAAAUAAAAUUUCUUUCUUCAUGGCUUUGAAGAAAUAGAUUAAUUAAUUUAAUAAAACAAAGAAUCUAAAAUUUCAGAAAAUUAACUGCAAAAAGAGAGAAUUGAUCUUCCAUAUAAAGAAUUAAAUAGUAAAUAAAGUAAUGAAUAAAGAAACUAGGGAUAAAAUGUUUAGAUGGCUCCAUCCUCUUUGUAGAUAAUCAAAUAAUUAUAAAUUUCUCCUUUUUCUCAGAUGAGAUAAAGCUAUGAAUAACAGUCAUAUGCAUAAUAAAAUCAAAAGAGGAAAGAAUAAUUAGGUAGGAGAUAUAAUACUAAUUCAUCAAGAGAUGAGUAGACAUUGAUGGAGUUGAAUAAAAUUUAAUAAACUUAGUAAUUAAGAGACGAUUCUGAAGAAACAAGAUAGCAGAACAAAUAGCUUAGAGUCCUUUAAUUACUUUCCAAGAGUAGCCCUGAACGGUAGUAUCAAUUUAUCUAAGAAAAGUAGAGGUAUUUAUAAAAUGAAGAUUUUAAUGAAAGAGGGAUUAGAUAGAGUUCUAAAGAUUCAGAUAAUUCUGAUAAUUUUGCUCUUUCUAAGAAAAUAAUUAAUCUUUAACCAACAAAUUCUCUGAGCCCCGAAUAAACAAUACAAAGUUUCUAAGAAUCACCAAUCAAUUAUAAGUCACCAAAAGGAUAUUUAGCUUUGAAUGAAGAAUUUUCCAAAUCAAUAAGUAGCUAAAAGAGUCCUUUAAAUUUAAGUAAAAGUGCCUUUUAAUUUCCUUAGUCGACCAAAAGUGUAGCAGAAAAAAGCUAAUAAUAAUAGUAAUUUUUUAGUUAGCAAAAGAAAACUUUAUAGUUAAUUGAAAGCCAUUAAGAAUUAGAUGAACUUAGAAAGAAUAUUGAGGAUUUAAAUAUAGAAAUAUGCAACAAAGAUCUAGAAAUCAUUGAUUUAAGCACUAAGCUAAGAGAUUAUAAAAAUUAACAACUUAAUUUAGCUCUAAAAUCAUAGAAAGAAUAAAAAGAGUUUGAUUCAGUUAAGCUAUCACUAUUAGAGACAAAAAAUUAUUUGAAUUCAUAAAUUAAAGAAUAUUUAUAAGUCUUGCAAGAAAUUCAGGCAUGCGAAAAUAGCACAUAUUCUAUUAAAUCAAAAGCUGCCAAAUAAGUAAGAAACAGUUAGCUUUUAACAGAAAAGAACCUCUAAUCAGCUCUAAAAAGUAGUGCUAGAUUAAGCAAAGGAGAAGUAUCUGUAUUAGAUAAAUUGAAUAACUCUAAGGAUGAAGUUAAUUUAAAAAUAGAAAUUUAAAAUAAAACAAAGCUAGGUGGGAUGCCUUCUUCUUCCACAUUUUCAGAUAGCAAAGCAAAUAAUAAUAAAUCCAUUUUAGAAGACGAAGAAGAAGACUAACUUUCAGAACAACAAUCAAUAGAUUUGAAUAAGAAUUCAUUAGAAUAAGAUGAAAUCAUAUCUAAUUAAAUACUUGAAGAAAACGAAUCUUAUUUUAUGCAGUACAUUUAGACUCAGAAAUUAUUAAACUAGCGUUUGGCUUCUCUCUAAAUUAAUGAACCUCAUAAAAUAAAAAUAUAGCAAUUUUAGUAGGAUAUUUAAAGUUUAAAGCAAGAAAAUCAAAGACUGCAAGAGUAGAUAAAUCAAAUGUCUGGAAUUUUAAGUGGAAUUAACAGCAUGGAGUAAUAACAAAAAGAUAUUGACUAAUAUUUGGAGAAAUUAGAUUAAGAAAAAAAGAGUUUAGAACUCACUUUGGAUGAAUUUAAUAGACGUGUCUCUAAGAAGAAAAGUGAACUAAGUAAAGCUAAAGAGUAGCUAUAUCAACAGCUUAACUAGAUUAAAUCUAAAAAAGAAGAAACGGCCUUAGAACACAAUUAAAUAAUAUCAAAGAAUUAAAUUUAAAUUCAAGAGCUUUAGAAGAAAAAAAAUUAGCUAAACUAAAAACUUGAAGCAGAGUUAAAUUAAAUGAGAAAGGAGUUAAGAUCGAAGGUGAGCCUGAAUAAUUUUGAGAAGACUAACUUGGAAAAUGAUAUUAAAAAGAAAUAAGAAGUUUUAAAUUUGUUUGCUUAAAAAUAAUAAGUUUCUAUAAAACCUUAAACAGAGAAACUUUAGUAAGAAUUACAGAUUUUAUAGCAAACUAACAAGUUGCUUAAAAAAGAUAUAUAAAAUAAGAAAAUUCAAUUAGAGAAUACUCUUGAAGAAAACGAUGAUUUUGAAGAAAUAGAUGAUUAAAAUUUAGAUUCCUCAGAUUAUCAAAAUGAGUUAUUGAAAGAAAAAUUGAUCUAAAAAAAAUUAAAAUAAGAAUUAAAAUAGUAAAAAGAAAAAUUGGAACAAGAAAAAAGCUUUUCUAAUGCAUAAAAUGAAGAGUUUGUUAUUCAAACAGAAUAAAAAUUAAAAUAUCAUAAUGGCUUAAAAGCACAAAUAUCUAAAUUAUAAUAAGAAUUAGAGUAACUUUAAACAAAGAGAGAUUAGUGCUUGUAAGUAUAGCAAAAUAUAGAGCUUACAAUAAAUAAUUCAAAGGGAGAUAUAAAUUCACAUGAAUAGUUAAGCAAAGAAAUUAAAUAAGUUUAAGAAAGCAAUCAAAUUAUUAAAAACAAAAUCAACCAAUUAAAUACAGUCCUUUUAAGUAAAAAAAGCUUAGCAGCUAAACAAGAAGAUGAAAUUAAUAAGCAAUUAAAAGAUUCCUUAUAAGAAUCGAUUAUGUAAAUGUCUGAUUUGAAUAUGCAAGAAUAGGAUUUAAUUUAGUAAAGAAAAGAAUUGAAAAAUCAACUUCAAAACUGA